AAUGAAGAAAAAAAAAAGUUGAGAGUAGAGAUUUCAUUUCAGUAGUCGCCAUUUUGCAGAGCUCCGCGUAUUGAACGUCAAGUCAAGUCAAUAGCCAGUUUUUCUCGGGACAGAUCUAUUUUUUCUUCUCUCACUUUUGGUAAAGUGGCCAGAAAGAGUAAAACUGUGUAUGGGAUUGUGUGUGCAAAGUGAACCGUCGAUAGCAAAGGACGAGGAAACAAAAAAAGAGAAAAAUAAUAAAUAAAUCUGCACCUUUUCGUUUCGUUAUCGACAAUGUUUAGCAAUUUUUCGACCAAAAUAAACAAAUUGUGAGCUAUUUAAAUUGUCAAAUUAAUCGGCUGAUAAACAACAAUCAACAUACAGCUAAUAUUCGAUUACCACCAAGCAACACGAAAUACGGGAGCCAAGCUGUCAAAUUAUUGAAAAACAAAAAAAAAACGAAAGAAAAGUGAAAUUGCAAGACUUGAAUUCACUUGUUCGGAAUUCUUAUUUGAAUUCCAAUUUGAAAAAGAAAUUCGAAGGAGACUUCAACAAUUCACAGUCAAAUUGAAUUACCACCACAAAUAAAAACGUGAACAUAUAAAGUGAUUGAAAUUCAAGCAAAAAUCAUUGAACGAAAAUCCAAAAAAAACAAGAUUUAAUUGAUUUAUCGAUAAUAUUUAUCGCCACUUAGAUUACUGUUUACUUGUUUGUGAAUUUUGACAGCAGAAAAGAAAAUUAUAUCCAGUUUUAGUCGUCAUUUAAUUUUUAUUGCUUAUUAACUUUGAUUUUUCAUAAAUAUCAUCAUCAUAACCAUCAAUCAAUAAACUAUGCAAAUAUAAAGAUUUGACUAGUCGAUUGGAUCGCCGUAAAAAAAAGAAAAAAAAUUCAGUGAACAAAUUAUUUGGAUUAGUGUGUAUGUGCGCGCGUGAAUACAAACAAAAUCAUCUACAUAAUCGGAAGUUCAAUUCGAAAAGUUUCCGCGAUACAGACACGUAGAUAAAGAAAAAUCGAUUUAUUUACUAAAAUAAAAGGUGAUUCGAAAGAGAGAUAGAAAACAAGCCCAUUUAAACUAAGCUAGACUCGAAAAAGGAUAAAAAAAAUUAAUAAAAAUGGGUAACAACGCAACAUCGGCCAAUAAAAAGGUGGACGCCGCCGAAAGCGUCAAAGAGUUUCUCGAACAGGCCAAAGAAGAAUUCGAGGAUAAAUGGAAGCGAAAUCCAACUAAUACAGCCAGUCUGGAUGAUUUUGAGCGAAUCAAAACGCUGGGCACCGGUUCGUUUGGUCGUGUCAUGAUUGUGCAACAUAAGCCGAGCAGCAGUUUUUAUGCGAUGAAAAUUUUGGAUAAACAAAAAGUAGUAAAAUUGAAGCAGGUCGAGCACACAUUAAAUGAGAAACGAAUUCUUCAAGCCAUUUCGUUUCCAUUUUUAGUCAGCCUGAAAUAUCAUUUCAAAGACAAUUCAAACUUGUACAUGGUGCUGGAGUACGUACCCGGUGGCGAAAUGUUCUCACAUUUGCGCAAAGUUGGCCGAUUCUCUGAGCCACAUUCACGUUUCUAUGCCGCACAAAUUGUUCUUGCAUUUGAGUAUUUGCACUAUUUAGAUCUUAUCUAUCGUGAUUUAAAGCCAGAAAAUCUAUUGAUCGAUUCGCAAGGAUAUUUGAAAGUAACUGAUUUUGGUUUUGCAAAACGUGUCAAAGGACGUACAUGGACAUUGUGCGGUACACCUGAAUAUUUGGCGCCCGAAAUUAUUCUCAGCAAAGGAUAUAAUAAAGCUGUUGAUUGGUGGGCACUUGGUGUACUUGUUUAUGAAAUGGCCGCCGGCUAUCCACCAUUCUUUGCCGAUCAACCGAUUCAAAUUUAUGAGAAAAUUGUAUCCGGCAAAGUACGAUUCCCAUCGCAUUUCGGUUCCGAUCUCAAAGAUCUGCUACGAAAUCUAUUGCAAGUCGAUCUAACAAAACGUUAUGGAAAUUUAAAAGCUGGCGUUAACGACAUCAAAAAUCACAAAUGGUUCGGUUCAACCGAUUGGAUAGCCGUAUUCCAAAAGAAAAUCGAAGCGCCGUUCAUACCGAGAUGCAAGGGCGCUGGAGAUACUAGCAAUUUCGAUGAUUAUGAAGAAGAAACCCUUAGAAUUUCAAGUACUGAAAAAUGCGCCAAGGAAUUUGCCGAAUUUUAGACUCUUAUCAUUGGAAUAUAUUUAAUAAAAAUAAUUAAAAAACAAAAAAAAAAACAAAAACAAGAAAUACAUUUAAAUAUAACUGAUAAAUGAUUUUGUGUUUAAUAAACCAA